AUGGACAUUAAUUUUUUUCAGGAACCAUCAACACCAUAUCCAACGUUAAUUUUUGCGAAGGACCAAAUUCACAUUUAUGUCGAUUUUAUACCAAUUAUUUCAACAACAUCACCAGAUGAUGCUCUUGGUCUUCUUAUUGCCAUGUAUAGUGUAUUUGAAUUGAAUUUUAAUAGAAAUAGUCGUGCAAUACGAUUCCUUUAUGCAAUUCUUCAUAAUAAUAAACGUUUUCUUUCAAAUACAAUGCAUCUAUUAAUCAAGGAGAAAGAUAUUGAUAUUAUUAAUGAAAUAAAUCGACAACAAAUAACAUCCCCAAAUUCUAUCUCGAACAAUUCAACAACAUUGAGCACCAGCUCAAAGAUUUCAACACAUAAUAAAAUCAUUACAGAAAGUACUUCAAUGGAUGAAGAAAAUAAUUUCAAUGUUCCAGAUCCAACAAAUUCAUGUUAUUCUAAUGGUAGUAUUGAUUUAAAUUCAAAUCGGUCCAUUGUUCUAAAUGAAUGA